UCGAAUUACUUGAACGUCUUGAACCUAUCAUGAAUGUGAGCAGUCGAUGCGUCGGAUACAUUAAUAACGGUCGUCGUGAUAAGUUGAAUCGGUUCGCGAUUAGCAUAAGGAUUAGGAUGUAGUGCCCAAUUGUCCACGUACGCGAUCAUUAACAAAGUCCGUCGGAUUUAUCCUCAGUUCCAAAAUCCUAGAACGGACUACGGCCUUUAGAGCAAACUAGCAAAUCACUUGCUAGUCUGACAGGAUUCAAAAAUGCAAAAUUGGAAUCAAUGGCAGCUGUCAGCUGGUGCUGUUACAACUCCAGUGCCACAGCCACCAGUUGGCUAUGCUGCAGCAGCUGGCGCAGAUCCUAUAACUCUGAUGCAAAGUUAUAUGCAAUAUUAUAAUCAACCAGCACCCAGUGGAUAUUCACCAGAACAAUGGGCAGCUGCACAACAGCAAGGUUGGGCUCAAUGGCAACAAUGGCAACAACAAUACCAACAAUGGCAAGCACAAUAUGGUGACAAGUACCAGGAGACGAUGAAGCAUUUAUCUGCGCAGAAUAUGAAUUUGACAGGCCAAAUGCAACUGCCAUCAAAUGUACAGCCACCGCCUCUCCCCAAAGAGGAUGUGCGACCUCCAUUACCUUCUGCAACCACAAAUACAUAUCAGUUUGCAAAUAUGCCACCUCCACAUCAAAAUAAUCUUCCAUUAUUUCCCACGAAAGAACCUGCCAAUAAAACAAUAUCACAAGUGAAUGUGACAAACUAUCCUACGAAUCCACCGCUACCUACGAGUCAGCCACCGUUACCAUCGGAAAUCGGCGAGAAUAGGGAAAGUAUCUCGUUUGAAAAAUGCGCUAGUAAUGUAAUUAGUGAAUCCAAUAGUGCUAAAAAGUUAAAUCUCGAAGUUGAGGAAUUGACUGAAUCUGAGAAAAUAUUUGAUGAACAGUUCCAACAGUGGGAAGAGCAGUUUAAUAAGUGGAAGCAACAGAAUGUCAAUCAUCCAGACAAGACUCAAUACCAGCAAUACGAAGCAAAAUGGACAUCGUGGCGAGAGAAAUUGAUUGAAAGGCGCGAGCAAAUGCGUAAAAAACGCGAACAACAGAAACAAGUCGCCGUGAAAGCGGAAGCUGAAAAAAAUAAGAACAUAUCUGGCGACGACAAAAUAUUAAAUAUUUUAUCAAACACCGAAAAUCAACGAUUAAUUAACAAUCUAUUGGGUAUCGGGCAAACGCUGGGUUUGACAGGAAAACAAAACACUACAGCACCUUUACCACCCCCGCCACCACCUCCUCCACCAUUACCGGAAACUACAAAUUCUAACAAUCAACCCACAACUCAAGGAACGCAAUCAACUCCGUCACAAGCAAACAUGAUAAAAUCCAAUAUUGCGCCAGCUUGGUCCAAUUCACAACAAUGGAGAAAUCAGCAGCAAUAUAAUCCCAGAACAGAAGUGCCAGGAUAUAGUCCAGGGACGCCUACAAUGCCUACAAUGCCUUUAAUGUCUUCAACGCCGGAUGUUGGUCUAUCUCCAAUGAUUUCACCAAAUUUUGCACAACCACCACCAAAUUUGCCAAAUAACCUCAUGCCAAACUUUUCGCAACCUCCACCAAAUUUCUCUAGUAAUGAUCGACCGCAAUUGCAAAAUGUGCGACCGCCAGGUCCAGUAAAUACAAAAGAUUGUCCUCCAUUUAGUUCGGCUGAUCCUUCGAAUAUGGACAUGCGUUUUAUUCAUCCAAAUGAUCGAUUAUCUCACAGUUUUGAUGGACAACCCAACUUUCGAAGAGGCGAUCAGGAACGUUUUGGAUCAGAAGUUAAUAUCAAUCCAAAUUUAAACGAGCAAGAUCAGUUUAAAACUACCGAUACUUUUGACAAAAUUGAAGCGCAACGUUUUAGAAGAGGUGAUAGAAAUUACAGUGACUUCGGGAAUAAUCAAUUGAAUUCACAGGAUAAUUUUAAUUUAAAUAACGAGCAAUUUGGACCGACAAAUGACCGUUUAGGAACAGGAAAUGAUCGUUUUAACAGAGAAAAUAAUAGAUUUGGACCGAUGGGAAAUGACAGGUUCUUAUCAGGAGGCGACCGGUUUGGAUCAAAUAAUGAUCGACUUGCUCCAGGAUCAGAUCGAUUCGGUAACGAAUGGCUUGGACCGGAAGGCGAUCGAUUUAGAGCAGGAAUUGAUCGGUUUGGGAUGGAUAAAGAUCGCCGUGGACUUGCAAACGAUCGAUUUGGUCCAGAUAAUGAACGAUUUCCACCGGAUCGAUUUGCAUCAAGUGCUGAACGAUUUACUCCAGGAUUGGGGACUGAUCGUUUCUCCUCUGGCAACGAUCGUUUUGGACUCAACAGCGAAUAUUUUCGCUCAAACGAUCGAUUCAGCAAAGGUAAUACAGAUUAUUUUGAUUCAAAGGACGUUACAGAUCAUAGACGAGAUAAUUUCGGUACUAAUCCUCGAGGUUUCAAUCGAAAUCCAUCAUUCAGUCCACCGAAUGAGCUAUCACCGGAGCUGAAAAAACUCAUGGAAAAGCGGAAAGCCGCCGGGGACGUAUUCAGACCUAGUUUCAUCGAUUCUGACAAAUCUAGUAGUGUCGGUUCUCUCAGUGAAAGCUUUAAGAAGAUCGCCGGUGAUUCACCUUUUAGAAGCUCCUUUGAUCUUCAAAAGAAUCUACCAAAUCGUAGCGGACCAAUCUCGAACUUCUCAAGCAGUGGACCGUCUAAUUUUCAAUUACAUUCCGAUUUAGGACAGAUUUCCACUCCAUAUGCUCCACGUCACCCUUUUAGGAGUGAUAAUGAACCUCCUUUCAGAGGACCGUUAGACAAUUUUGCUAAACAUCCUAAAGAUUAUAAUGAACGAGGGAAUGAUAUGGAACUUAGAAUACAUCCUAAUCAAUCGCAACCAAUCAAUAUUCAAUCUCAAGUUCCAGUUAAACAUCCCGGUGACAUUGAAACUACUGAUUCUAAUCCUUUAAUACAAACUGAUAAUAUUGCAGAUUCAAAGAAUGCAGAAGCUAUACAAGUAAAUGAGACUGAUAAUACUAAUGAGCAGAAAAAUCUUAUUAUUUCUGAAGAUAAUUCAAAGAAGGUUGACACAGAGGAGAGCAAACUUCUCAGCACUGAUACUCUCUUGCAGCAGGAGGAUAAGGAGCAUGAUAAUAAUCAGACACAAAGUAAUGCUGAAAAAAUAGAAGAAUCUAGAAACAAUAACGAUAGCGAUAUUAAAAAACCUGAAAGCUUGCCCUUCAUGGGUGAAAAUGAUCCAAGACCGGAAGAUUUGAAUAUUGAACCACCGCCAGAACUGCCCAAUUUGUGUCUUAUUUCUACGAACUCCAAUCAGAACGCGCCACUCAAUUCGAUCGAAGAUUUUGAUAAAAAAGGCCCGGCUGGUAACAAAUUCGAUACGCGUUUUGAUCGUAAUUUUGGAUUUAGAGGGAUGGAAUUGAAGUCUGGCGCACCAUUUGAACCUCGAGGAUCGCCGAUGUCUGCUCCUAGAGGUCUUCACACAUUUCCAACGGGUUCGAGUACGUUUCAGCCGCAAGGUUCUAUAAACACACAAUUGGAUCUGCGAGGUUCCAAUGAUGGUCACGUUGGGCCUAAUGCAUCCAAUGAAAGUCGAGUCAAUUCUGGAAUAUCCAACGAUGAACAAUUUAGUGAACGAGGUCGUAACGACCAAUCUGAAGCGCUCAACAGCGGACAGUUCGGUUCACGAGAUGUCAUGGACAGGCAGUUUGACCAAUUUGGCUCGAAAACACUAGGAAAUGGAAAAUUUGGCAGACCUACCGAUCUGCAGUUUAGGCCAAGAGGCCCAAUUGAUUCGUCGUUUCCUCCGCGAAAUCCUUUUGGUCCCAGAGGCAAUGAAAUGCAGUUCAGACCUAGAGGCAUUAAUGAUCGUUUGGAUUCUCGAACAAUCUUUGAAGGACCAUUUGGUCCGCGAGGACUUAACGAUGGGUCAUUCGAGCGAAUGAGCGGACCCAAUGAUAGUUUUCUUAAUACUCGACAUCUUAUUGAUCCGCAACACGGCCCUAUGGGUCCUAACAGAUUCGGUAGAAUGAAUGAGGUAUCAUUCGAUAAGAGACCUCCCUUUGAUAAUAGCGGAGUUUUUGGAUUUCCUGGCGAAAGAUCGCUUGGUCCUCGAAUGUCCAACGAAGGACCACUUGGUCUUCGUGGUUCUAAUGAUAUUUCACUCGGAUCUCGCGAUUCAAAUGACGCUCUUCUUCAACGUAAUUCGAAUUUCAACGAGAAUCAACUCGAAUCUCGAGAUUCUAACAAUGGGUCUUUCGAACCGUCAAACUUCAAAGCGAGAGGAUCCCUAAGCGACACUAACAAUGCAAGUUUCCCAUCUCGGAGCGAUUCUUUUCAUAAUCGUAGCGAUUACAUGCGUAGGAAUUCUUACAAUCCUAGAAGAGAACAGUUUGAAGAUAAUAUUUCUGCUAAGAAGGCCAGGUAUGAGAGCCCAAAACCGGCCGAUGAGUUUACUAGAAGCUGUCCAGAGAACGAGAAUAUUGACAUAGAAAUGCGAAAGGAUAAGACAACUGAGUAUGCUGGAAAUACAUCUAAUCUUCACAAAAAAGAAUUAGAGAUCGUACCUCGUCCAAGAUAUGGGCCUAAUGAUACUUGGAAGGAUAAGUUUGGCAACGAUUUAAGGCCCGAUAUAACUCAACAAAACAUCGAUAGUAAUGUUCCAAAUAUGUUUGAUGAGAAAUUGAAAUCGGAAAAGAUCACAACCGAACCGAAGACGGUGGGCGAUUACAGGCCACAACACAACGAAUCUGCGGCCAGUCCUGCGGAUUUCCAGAAGAAACAUUCCUCUAACUUGUUUAUGAAGCGAUCACAAUUGAGAACUAGUCAAGAUUUUUGCGUGCAGAGACAGUUCAAUUAUAAUCACGGCGAAAUUGAUAAGAAGUUUGUUGAACCACUUAAUUUUACUCCGAUGAAGGUAAUCGAUUAUGGACACGCAUCUCGUCUGUCAAUUACGGAUCAGCAUUUAUCACCUGUUCAGUGCUUCGAUUAUGGUCACGGCAAUCAGAAAUCGGUGGUCCUGGAUCGUGAGCAGCAUCAACAACAGCAUCAUCAUCAUCAUUAUGCGAAAAAAGAUGUUAAGAACUGGAUGGAAAACGAAGAAAAUUUGAAGGAGUACACUGAGAAAGGAUAUGUAGAAAAAACGAGGAAGUAUGAGAACUACGAUGCGCGUAGAUCGACAGAUUAUAACAAACGAAAGGAACAUGAUUGGCAAUCGAGUGAUAAAAUGUAUGAAGCCGAAAGAAAAGAGAACGAUGACUGUAAAGAGAAAGGAUACAAUCCCAAAUCGGAAAUUUUUGAACGUAAUUCUAGUAACGAUCAGAACGAUCUAUAUCAAAGCGAUCGAAGCAUUAACAAAGAACGGGUUCAAGAGAUACGCGAAAAUUCCCGAAAGGAAACGAAUAAAGACAAUGACAAAGAUGAUAACAGAUCGAAAGGAAGUGUUAACUGGCAGGAGAGUACGAACAAGAACGUCGUAGACACAAAGCUACAAGAAACCAGUCUUCCCCUAGAAACAAAGAAAAAUGUUGUGGAAUCAACUACAAAAACUCUCGAAUUGGCAAAAAUGCCAAACUACACGAUGGUCGAUGAUCUACUGUGCCCACCGGGUCGCCAGAACAGACCAUUAAAAAUAGCUAUUAUUCUCAGAGGACCACCUGGUAGUGGCAAAUCUUUCGUGGCUAAACUUAUUAAGGAUAAAGAAGUUGAACAAGGUGGCUCUGCGCCGAGAAUAUUGAGUUUAGAUGAUUAUUUCCUUGUCGAGAAAGAAAUAGAGACUAAGGAUGAUAAUGGAAAAAAAGUUACAGUGAAGGAAAUGGUAUAUGAAUAUGAAGAAGCUAUGGAACAGAGUUACGUAACAUCUCUGGUUAAAGCCUUCAAGAAAAAUAUAACAGACGGAUUCUUCAGUUUUAUUAUAUUGGACUGUAUUAAUGAGAAGAUUUCAGAUUAUGAAGAAAUGUGGAGUUUCGCCAAAACAAAAGGCUUUAAAGUAUAUGUAUGCGAGAUGGAAAUGGAUCUGCAAAUAUGCUUGAAAAGGAACAUUCACAAUCGUACCGAGGACGAAAUUAAUCGGAUUAUAGAUUACUUUGAACCGACGCCCAGCUAUCACCAAAAGUUAGAUGUGAACUCGAUGUUGCAAGAUCAGGCAAUAGAAGAGGUCGAUAUGGAAGAUAGUGAAGAAACGCAAGAGAAAUCAAUUAUCCAAAAUGAAGAUAGUCAAGAUAGCCAUGAGGACACUCAAGAAAUUGGUGUUAGCAAAUGGGAGAAAAUGGAAGUUGAAGAUAAACUAGAUCGAUUAGAUGGUUUAGCAAGAAAGAAAAACGAAACAAAACCUCAAACUAUGGAAGAUUUUCUUCAAGUUCCUGACUAUUAUAAUAUGGAAGACACGUCUGGUAAAAAACGAGUACGUUGGGCUGAUCUAGAAGAACGUAAGGAGCAGGAGAAAAUGCGCGCCGUUGGAUUUGUUGUCGGACAUACUAAUUGGGAUCGAAUGAUGGAUCCUACAAAAGGCGGAAGCGCUUUAACACGUACAAAAUCUUGAUCACAUUGACUCUACUGGUUAUUCAAGUUGACCAUCAUAUCUAUCGAUUUUGCCCUGAAGUGAAUUCCACUAUCGGUAUUUUAAUACGUGAGCCCAUGUUGAAACAGCAGAAACAAAAGUUUUCACUCAUCGUUUCGUCGUGUACGCCGAGCUAUAAGAAACCAUAGACAUAAAUAUAUUAUACAUUAUAUAUUUGUGUGAGAAACGAAUUAUCCACAAAUAUAUCAUUAUUUUACGUAUCAUCAUUGUUAUUUAAUCAUAAAGUUAUUAUUGCUUAUUGAGAUAAAAGAAAUAUCACCGACAAGAGAUCGAUGGUUUUUAGCGUGAGAAAAAAAAAAGCUGCUUGCUACUGUAGGUAAGUAAAGUAAGUUUUUGCAUUGUCGACAAUUGGUACAAUAAUAUUAAUGUUUAGUUUGUUGUUCUUGAGGAGUUACAUAAAACAUCUAUAUAUUUUCGAUAAAACGAAAUAAGUAAAUGAACUAUAAUAAAAUAACCG